AUGGCGGAGCCGAAUGUCGAUAUCGCUGCGUUGACCGCCGACCAGCAAUCCGCACUUCAGCAAUUCACUGCAGUAACAGACCAAGACCUCGCUACCGCCGUACCUCUCCUCCGCCGUUGCGAAUGGAACGUGCAAAUAGCUAUCGCCCGUUUCUUCGACGGCGAGCCCGCCGUUGAUGCCGUCGCAGCAGCUGCGGCGGAGCAGGCACCCCAAGAUAUUCGUCGACAAGAGACGCUCUUGAACGGCUUCACAUCAUCACCGCGAACUUCAACAUCGAGUAGGAGAGUCCGGGUAGAGCCUGCGCCGCGCGUAGUACCGCAGCCAGAGAACCAAGUCAGCACGCAGGCACCACUUGUACUAGCGAUACUGUUCGCGCCGUUCUCGCUCGUCUUCUCGCUGCUGUCAAAAUACUUCCGGUUCAUGGGAUGGAUGUUCCCCUUCAUACCACGCACCUGGGGGCGUCUCACCGCAAGCAACAUCAACCGCCCAAGAGCACGAAGCGGCGCAGCUACAGGCCGGAGACCGCUCAACCCCCGCGACACGGCUGCGCGCUUCAUACGAGAAUUUGAGGAGGAAUAUGGACCACAUCAGCUGCCGCUCUUCGAGGGUGGCUACGCGCAGGCAUUCGACCUCGCGAAGAAGAACCUCCAGUUCUUGCUCGUUGUGCUCGUAUCGCCCGAACAUGACGAAACCACCUCCUUCGUCCGAAACACUCUCCUCUCCCAAGAGGUCAUCGACUUCGUCCGAGACCCCAACAACAACAUCAUCCUCUGGGCCGGCAACGUGCAAGAUAGCGAAGCAUACCAAGUCUCAUCCGCCCUCAACUGCACCAAGUUCCCCUUCGCCAGCCUAAUCGUCCACACCCCCCAAGUCUCCUCGACCGCCAUGGGCAUUGCAACACGGAUAGCCGGCCCCACACCCCCCGCGCAAUUCAACUCCAAACUGAAGACCGCAAUGCAACAACACACCGAGCCCCUCAACCGCGUCCGCGCCCAACGCCAAGAACAACAAGCCACACGCAAUAUCCGCCAGCAGCAAGACAGCGCCUAUGAGCGCAGCCUAGCAACGGACCGUGAGCGCGCUCGCAAGAAGAAGGAAGAAGCCGAGCGCAAAGCGCGCGAGGAAAAAGAAGCCCUCGCCAAACAAGCCGCAGAGGAGAAAUACGCCGCCAACCUCGCUCAAUGGCGCAAAUGGCGCGCCGCUUCCAUCCCCCCCGAACCCCCUGCAGACACCAAAGAUGUCGUGCGCAUAGCCGUCAAACUCCCCUCUGAAGAGCGCGUAGUGCGCAAAUUCAGCUCAGAUGCGCACAUUGAGGAAUUGUACGCUUUUGUCGAGUGCUAUGAUUUCCUCGACGCGGAGUCGGAAAAGGCGUCUGAGCCAGAGGGGUUCGAGCAUGAGUACAAGUUCCAGCUUGUUAGUCCGAUGCCGCGCGAGGUGUAUGAUGUCAAGACUGGUGGGACGAUUCGGGAGCGCAUUGGGAGGAGCGGGAAUUUGAUUGUUGAGCGGACGGAUAUUGAAGAGGAAGAGGAUGAAGAGUAG